UUGCAAACUUUCAGUGGCUAUCGACUCAGGUAAGAGCUCUAGGGUUCUUCUUCAUCAUCUCUUCUUCUCACUCCUUGCAAUUCCUGCACGCUCUGUGUUUUCUUCAAAUUCUCCAUUAUCGAUAUCCCCAUAGCUCAACACUGAUCUUUCUAGAACUCUUAUCCUCUGUGGUUUUUCCGAGAAUCUAGCUAGGGUUUAACCUUCUGCUGCGUAAUUUGAUUCCUCUUUUUUGCUAUAUUCACGAUGCUUGUUCUGUGUUCGUUGGUUUGUGUUACACGCUCGAUUUAGCCAAUUCGCUUUUCGUUUUGAGUCUGUAUUCAAUGUUCACUUGCCGAUCUGGUUUUUUUGAUUUGGUGUGAAAUUUUCGCUAAUUGGUUUUUCAAAAGCACUGUUUCUUAAGGAAUUUUCUGGGUUUACUUGAACAUUGUCUGUGUACAUUGGAAUCUGGAAGAAAACUAGGUUGUGUGGUAGCACACUGAUAGUAGUGUACCAUCAGGCUCAAGUGCACAGUCAACCAAAGUUGGCUUUGACAUGAAUCAGAAUGAAGUCUCUCGUAGUGACAGCGGUGAUAGGAUUUUGAAACAUGUGGAAGAUAAAGAAGAACAGGAGGAUGAAGAGGGGGAAGAAGAUGAAGAUGCAGAUUUUAAUCCUUUUUUAAAGGGAACCUCUUCACACGAAGCAUCUUCUAGUUUGAGCUCUGAAGUUGAUGGCUUGGAUGGUAAUGUUGUCAAUAGUGCGAGUGCGGAGUUGUCAAAGGAGAAAAACUGUGCUACUGUAGAUUCUGAGCAUGGUGAGGAGGAAAUUGUUUUACAGUCACCAGGUAUGAUCUCUCAAUCAGAGGCUAAUCAGGAGAAGGACAAUGGCUUGACUAGUUUGACUGAUGGUAAUGGUUUUAGGAGAGGGGAAUUAAACAAAACAACGAAGCCCCGAAGCCCAGUAAUUGACAUAGAUAGUGAUGAUGCUAUCUGUAAGCGCACCAGAGCUCGUUAUUCACUGGCAAGUUUUACUCUGGAUGAACUUGAGACCUUUCUUCAAGAAACUGAUGAUGAUGAUGAUAUUCAGAAUGCUGAUGAUGAGGAAGAGUAUAAAAAAUUUCUAGCAGCUGUAUUACAGGAUGGAGAUGGUGAUGGUCUUUCAACUCACGGAAAUGAAAAUCCUGAUGAUGAAGAUGAGGAUAAUGAUGCAGACUUUGAGAUAGAGCUUGAAGAGUUACUGGAGAGUGAUGGCGAUGAUAAUGCAGUGGUAAAAACCCAAAAAGAGUAUGAUGGGUCUGGAAGACGGCCAGAGACCAGGCAAAAUAAGCGCCGAAAGGUCUCUGCCCAAAGUGAGAGGAAACCAUUAGGACAGUUCAAGAGGCCACUUCGCCCCAUCUUACCUAAUUGGCAAAAUGAACCCCCAGCUUCAGGGAAAGAUUUGAUGCCUGAAGCUAAUCCGAGCUUUCAAUCUUCUGCUUCUGGAAAUGCUCCUGUCAAUGGGUUUACUCCCGCACAGAUUGGCCAAUUACACAGUUUGAUACAUGAGCAUGUGCAACUUCUUAUUCAGGUAUUUUCUCUGUCGGUUCUUGAUCCUCCCCAGAAACACACUGCUUCUCAAGUUCAAAGUUUGCUGUUUGAGAUGCUUCACAAACGCGAUGAAGUAUUAGCUUCGAAGGGAAUGCCAUAUCCCACUGUUUGCUUUACUCCAUCUUUUGCUUGUACAUCUGCGUCCAAUGGAACCUCCAAAUUUGUCCCAGGCCAAUUGACCAAAGCAUCUGCUUCUACACAAGAUGUACAAAGUGUGUGCUUUUCUCAAUCCAAUCAGAGCUCCUCUGAAGAUUUGAACAGGCAAAGAAGUUGUUUUCAAGACAUUGAGAGUACUUUGCGGGUUCCUUCUGUACAUUCUGUUCUAGAUGUUUCUCCUCUUAAUUUUGUAAGACGAUAUGUAAACGGCAUUUAUUCUGCUUCCCAAGAGUUUCGAAAGCGAUAUAUUGAAUCUGGUUGUGAGUUUAGCUUUGAAAAGGAACCUCUCUUUCCUUCUUCUUCAUCAUUUACUGAAGCUAGCACCGGAGUUUCCAGUGGAACCAUCCCUGGAGCAGUAAGGGCAGUCUCAACUUCGCCUGGUCAACAACAGCCUAAGAAAACAUUGGCUGCCAUGCUUGUUGAGAGUACCAAGCAGUCAAGUGCUUUAGUACCGAAGGAAGUGGCUAAGUUAACUCAAAGGUUUUUUUCGGACUUGUUCAAUCCAGAAUUAUUCCCACAUAAGCCUCCCCCACCAGCCGUUGUGAACAGGAUACUUUUCACUGAUUCAGAGGAUGAAUUACUUUCCUUAGGGAUACUGGAAUAUAAUACAGAUUGGAAAGCAAUUCAACAACGUUUUCUUCCCUGCAAGUCUAAACAUCAGAUUUUUGUCAGGCAGAAAAAUCGGUCCUCUGCAAAAGCAUCAGAGAAUCCAAUUAAGGCAGUUCGGAGAAUGAAAACCUCCCCAUUGACUGCAGAGGAGAUAGCAUGCAUUCAAGAGGGACUUAAACACUACAAAUUUGAUUGGAUGUCAGUAUGGCAAUUUAUUGUUCCAUACAGAGAUCCAGCCUUGCUUCCACGCCAGUGGCGUGUUGCUUGUGGGACUCAAAAGUCAUACAAGGUAGACGCAUCAAAAAAAGAUAAGCGAAGAUCGUAUGAAUCAGAAAGAAGAAAGUUGAAGGCUGCCAGGUCAGCAAGUCGGCCAGCUAUAUCUGAUAAAGAGGAUUGUGAGGCUGAAAUUAUGGGUUCUGAGAAUUGCAUGGAUUAUUCAGAUGUUCCAUAUGUCCACCAGGCAUUUUUAGCAGAUUGGAGACCAGACACAUCUGCUGGUACUUAUUCUGAACACAUUUCCUCUACAUCUGGAGAAGGAAACCUUGCUCGUGAUGCUGUUUCCCGAGAGAAUAUUCAAUUUUACAGAGCUAUUAAUGAUUAUGGUUUAAGUGGAAAAGUUCAACAUCAGAAUUAUCAACAUGCAUUUCCAUUUACACCCAAGUUUCCCCAGCUUUUUCACACUACAUCUGAGAGGAGUGGCACAAAAGGUGCUCCUUGUGCCGAUAAUCCUAAAAACUCUGUUUUUACCUCUAGCACCAAUUACUAUUAUCGGCCCUAUCGGUCUCGUAAGGUAAACAAUGCUCACCUUGUGAUAUUAGCUCCAGACUUGCCCCCUGUAAAUCUCCCUCCAUCUGUUCGUGUAGUUUCUCAGACUGCUUUUAAAGGAUUUCAGUGUGGAACAUCUAAGAUGUAUCCUCCCGGAGGUAGUGUCACUGGUUGUAGAAUAGAUAACAUUGCUUCUCAAAUUCCUCAUGGUGAGAAAUAUGGAACCGCUCAUCCAGUUGAAGGUGCAGGACCUGUGCUGAAUGGCAGUGUCACUGGUUCUCAAGUAGAAAGGUCUGGAACUGCUGAAGGUAGAUCGACUGUAGCAGAAAAGAGCACUUGUUCUGAACUCCAAAUGCAUCCUCUCUUGUUCCAGGCCACUAAUGAGGGCAACAUCCCUUAUUAUCCAUUGAAAUUUAGUUCUGGCACUUCUAGUUCCUUCAGCUUUUUUUCAGGAAGCCAACCACAAUUGAAUCUCAGUCUCUUCCAUAGUUCACAGAAACAAAGCUCCAUUGAUUGUGCUAGUAAGUCCUUGAGGUCAAAGAAUUCCAUGUUACGGUCAGCAGGCAUUGAUUUUCACCCACUGUUGCAGAAAUUUAAUGAUACACAGUCACAAGCCUGUUCUGAUGAUAUUCAGGCUGAAUCCCUAGUUAAUAGUGGUGUGCUAGCUACAGCCAAUAGAUCUUCUGGCCUUAAUGACAAAUCCAAUGAACUUGACUUGGAUAUUCAUCUAAGUUCUGUAUCUAGAAAUGGGAAAUCUGUGAAAAGUAAACAGCUAGAGGUUCAAGAUCCAAUAGGGUCGAAGAAAACUGCAUCAACUUGUGGAACAGCAAUGAAAUGUCAAGAGAAUAGUGUUCCGUGUCGUCAGCAGGGUGUUGAGAAUCCUACAACUAGCUGUUGUGAGCUUACUUCAAGCGCCCCUUUGGUUGUUCCUGAUGAUAACAUCACCAGAUAUGACGUAGAUGACGUAGGUGAUCAGUCUCAUCCUGGGAUAGUGAUGGAGCAAGAAGAGCUAAGUGAUUCUGAGGAAGAUAUUGAAGAACAUGUAGAGUUUGAGUGUGAGGAGAUGGACGAUUCUGAGGGAGAGGAUGGUUCAGGCAGCGAAAACGCUCUCAAGGUUCAAAAUAAGGAGGUCCCAAGGGACAAUCCUGGCACUCAAGUUACAAAUAUUGCUACGCUAGAUAUGGGUCUGACUAGAGAGGGAAAGGAUGGGAAAAAUAAGAAUUCAUGGUUAAGUUUAGACUCAAGUUCAACAGAUAAUUUUGAAUUCCCCAAGGCCAUGCUUCAACGGGGGGCAGAUACGAUUGCGGAAGAAGAUACUGCUUCCAGAAACUCCACAAUUUGUAAAGCAGUCACAGAGGCGAGACAUCCCAUGCACAUAGCACAACAGCGAAGCGCAGGUCCUCAAGCGAGUGUUGAAAAAUCAAGCUAUGAUGUUAACCGUGAAGAUGGUUGAUUGGUGUGUUAUGGCAACGUGAAUGCAAAUAGGAUUGACUCCUGUUGAUAGAGACUGUAAUUAGAAAGGCGGUUGAUUGAUAUACCAUGCCACCAUCUGAACUAACUGAACUUGUUUUUUUGUUGAUCAUGAUAGUGGCUUAGGCACUACAGUGAAAAUUUUGUACUAUCACUGGCACGGGUUCAAGCCAUCCUGUAAAUAUGUGCUCAUUGGCAAGUGUUCAAGGGCUCAUGAUCACAGGAAAUCUCGUACAAAUCGUUUCUAUUCUCUUUAGUUCAUGGUGGAGCUUUUGAAUUGUAUAGAACUAAAUUAUUCACUAUCCCAACAAGUAAUACACAAAAUAGAAGGCAAGAACUUAUGGACAAGUCAUCCAUUGGAUCUGCUUGCACUCCUUUUUUGGGUA